AGUUAACAAACCUAAAACCAUACUCUUGGGUUUUUUGUCCUUGAGUUUGCCGAUAAAAAUACUCUAUAUAAUGGCAUUGCACACUGCUUCCAACCGCAGGGGUACACUAAUACUGAUACAGUAAAAAAAAUUGUGGAGAAAGAAUGGAGAUGGAGGGGGAGAUUAAGAAUCUCAUCAUGGUAUGGACCAUAGCUCCAGCUACAAUGUGUUACUGCCACAGAAUUGGGAAGCUAAUCCCAGAAGGCACAUCAAGACUCAUAGCCCUAUUCCCAGCCAUAGUGAUCCUCCUUCUCCUCCCUCUAAGACUCAUCUCCAUUCACCUUGGAGGCCCUUCUUCUUUCUUCCUUGGUUGGCUUUCAACCUUCAAACUCAUCCUCUUUGCCUUUGGAAAGGGCCCCUUAUCCUCCAACCCUUCCCUCUCUUUAUCUCACUUCGUCCCCGUGGCAUGUUUCCCCAUCAAAUUCCAAAAUGACCCAAAAGACCAAAUCCCCAAAAAGAAACACAAAUCUCCCCUCAAUUACGCUUCAACCUCAAUGGUUAUCAUAUUAGCCGCUCUGAUUCCUAUAUACGGGAAAAAAGAGUAUUUUCACCCAAAGUUUGUACUUUUCUUGUAUGGCCUCCACAUGUACAUUGGAUUGGAGUUCAUUUUCGCCAUGAUCUCCGCAUUAACUACAAAGCUUAUCGGGGUUCAGCUGGAGCCGCAGUUCAACGAGCCAUACCUAUGCACAUCCCUACAAGACUUCUGGGGAAAAAGGUGGAACAUCAUGGUCAACCGCGUCCUGCACCCCACCGUAUACGAACCCGUGAUGAAUCUCUCUGCCCGUGCCCUGGGGAGAAAGUGGGCCCCACUCCCUGCCAUUCUCGCUUCUUUUGCCGUUUCCGGAUUGAUGCAUGAACUGGUUUUUUACUACAUCAAGCGGGAAAAACGCACGUGGGAGGCAUGGGAGCCCUCGUGGGACGCCACGUGUUUCUUUCUCAUCCACGGGGUGUGUGUGGCCGUCGAGGUCGGAAUCAAGAAGAGUCUUCUCAUCAGAGGGAAACAGUGGCAGGUGCCGAGGCUGCUGUCGUGGCUGCUAACGUUGGUGUUUGUGGUCUACACAGCGAUGGGGUUGUUUCUGCCCGCGCUAGCGCGAUGUCGCGUUUAUGACAAGGCAACCACAGAGUUUACCGCUUUGACCCAGUUUCUGAAACAUCUUUACGCUCUUCCGAGUCUUGUUCGUUAGUGAUUAGUUUGCAAAUCUCACACCACUAAUGAUCCAAAAUUCUUCAUCAAGUUUUUUCCUAUACUGCAGAGGAUUUUUUCUCCGCGCUCCAUCUAAUUUAGUAUAUGUUUGAUUCCCUUGGUUUUUUACUUUGCAUUCCAUCUAACGCAAAGGAGAUACCUUGUAAAAUAAAAAUUGAGUUAUGUUGAUAUUGUCUGAUUUUAAACAAA